UGACUAGAAGGGAUUAAACAGUGAGGGUUCAGAGGAAGUAGGUGUCACAUCUGGUUAUAUCAUGUCUGCCUGUUAUACACACAGCCACAUAUAUAUACACAUACACCCUCUCACAGUACAUUGACAGUGGUCCAUCUUCAGCUGGUCAAUAAUUGACAUCAUUUACCAUCGAGUCACACUCUCAGGCAGUAGUCUUCAACAAGAGGAAUCCUCUCAUUAAUGCUCCUGCUGGCAUUUUCAUCAUCAGUUUGUGACUUCUUUUGUGAAUACUGAGUGGGUUGCAGCUGUUGUUGUAUAGAUGUGCUUUGUGCUUGUGUAUUGUUGAGAUUUUCUGGUGAGAGAGAGAGAGAGAUAUUGUACACAAACAAGAUGGUGCUAGGAUCUGCCAUGAUUCGAGCUCCAGUGGCUUUUCAGCACAUGGUGCAGAAUCAAAUGACAUCUGCAUACCCGUAUGCGGCACAGACAGGGAUAGAUGAAUACGGCCACCCCCAGCAAGUGGUGGUCACUAGUCAGCCCGUCUCAGUGGCGGCCUCAGCUGAACAGGCAGCCACAUUCAAAGCAGACUCUGCCACCUACCCCACCACCACAGUCGCCGCCAAUGGUGGUGUGGAACAGCAGACGGGACUUCCACGUGCAUACCCUUAUGAAGAGAUGCUGGCGGGGAUCAACAAGCAGACAGACUUGGAGGCUGAGCAGUCCUCCGCUCAACAAGGAACAACGACCACCCCCAACUCCGUGGGACCAAAACGUCUUCAUGUGUCAAAUAUCCCCUUCCGUUUCCGGGAGGCCGAUCUUAAAAGCCUGUUAGGGCAAUUUGGAAAAAUCAUCGAUGUCGAGAUUAUUUUUAAUGAACGUGGAUCUAAGGGAUUCGGUUUUGUAACUUUCGAAUCUAAUGCGGACGCCGACAGAGCACGAGAGAAAUUGAACGGCACUGUGGUUGAGGGCAGAAAGAUUGAGGUUAACAAUGCCACUGCUCGAGUUAUGACCAAAAAAUCUGUGGCUGCACCCACUAUCCCAAAUGCGGCAGCUCUAAGAGGUGUGGCACUUACACGGGGCAGGGCCGCGGCAGUGGCUGCUCGCGGUGCUUAUAAUGCCGCCGCUCUAGCAGCCACCGCAGCUUUCCGACAUACAACACCACUGGCAACCGCAGCAACUGCGUUGCCUUUAGCUGGUGUGUAUCAGGAUCCCUUUUUAGCCACAUACGCAGCAGCUGAUAGAUACCAGUUGGUGACAUCCCAACCCUAUCCCACAGCAGCAGCAGCCUAUGCUCCAGGUGCUCGCUACGCUAUCCCAGCAGCCCUUGCAUCGCCAGGCACAUACGCUGCCGCAGCUGCUGCAGGCCAGUUACAGCUAGCGGGAAGAGAGUACACCACAGCGACCACUGACCAGUUACUUGGUCACAGUAUUGGACCCGUAGCCGGUUAUGGAGCCACGUUGUACAGAGGUGCUUACCAGCGGUUCACACCUUACUGAGACAAGAUACGCGGGGACUCAGUCGAGAGGUGACAGGGCUGGCAGUUGCUAAGUGAAUGUCAUGUGACCAAUUAUUCUCCACCUUCCUAGAUUCUCUGGCUGUGCUGGACACAUUCAUCUGAUCAUCCAAUGCAAAUGGGUGAUAGUGAGGAAAAAAAAAAUCGAGUAAAGAGGAGGAGUAUUGUGCAAUUAUGUCAUCAGUGCUGUCAUUGGUGCUGUCGUAAGUGAUGACUGAUUAUCAGCACUGGUCGAUCUACUUCCUGUUACCGUACUGCCAUAUUGUAACUUCCAGCUUUGUUUCAUGGCGAAAGCUUCCAAUCAAUCAUCAAAAGCAAAAAUCUGAAGAAAACUUCAUAAAUCACAUUCAUUCACCUAUUUAUAUUUAUUUUUCAAAUCAUUUCUAUGAUCAUAUUUUUAUGAUUUUAAUUAAAUUUUUUUUUCUUUUGGUCAAAUAAUCAAAAUGAUAGCCUUGCUGUAGAUAAAUUUUCAAUUCAUUGUUGCUGUUAAUUGCUUGGAAGUUUUUUUUUCUGUCAUGAAAUGUGCUAUAGAUGCCAUGCCACAGAAUCUUAGGAACGGUCAUUUGUUUAAAAAAAAAAAAAAUACUCAGUCUGGUCAGCUUUAUAUUGAACAAACGUCUAGUCAAGACUUCCUUUUUACCUCACGGCAAAAGGUUAUACACGUGGAUGUACUUGGAGUCAUUGUGUCAUUGUUGGAACUGCCCGUCACAGCACUGUGAUUCUAUUUUUCAGUAUUAAUUGUAUAUUAGUCAGAUUAGAAUUUUUAAUAAUUAUCUUCGUAACAUUUAAAGGCCUCCAAGUUUUCAUUUUUCCCUUAAAAAUUUUUUUCCAAGAUGCAUUUAUUGAUUCGAACCAUUUUUUUUUCUUUUUAAUUCAGAAAAUGCAGUUAUAUUUCAGUUUUUCUAAUAUAAAGUGAACAUUUUAGUUUUCCUUAAAAAGAAAAAAAAAGCAAAAGUUUCAGUUUUUUGCAAAAAAUGUUUUGGAGUUGAGUAGUAAUGUAAGCAGUUUCU